GGUCUCUCUUGGGUUUGCUCGUCCCGUCAGCACGCGACUGUUUAGACUGUUAACUCUGUUUAGGCAAGUUUGUCUUGUGGGCCAGUGUGGAAAUGGCAGCAAGCAUGAUGUUGACAGAUUAGAAACAAAGUUGGAUUUUUCUGAAGUCUGAAGAGUCUGUUUGUAAACAAAUGUACCUGUACAUACAGUCGGGUUCUACUUGCAAGAAGUUUCGAGUUUAUAUGGAAUAACGCAUUGUCUUUGGAUCUGAAUAUUAUACAAGUCAGCUGUAGGGAGAGAAGCGGAUCUGCGGGAAAAUGAAUAAUUUGUCUUUUGACGACCCGUCACUGGAUAGCUUGGAUCCAAGUUUAUCCCUAAAUGAUCCAAGUGAUAUUGACACAGCUCUGCUGAACGACAUUGACGCUUGCCUCUCCCUUUUACCUCUCCCAGACAUGCUCCAGCUCAUCCACAACCAGGAGAUGGAGUUUAGCAGCUUGUUUGAUCACACCUCCUUUCCACCACCAGCUCCAACGAAUGACCUUUCAGCCCUGGCUCCUUCCAGCUUGGCUCCCACUUCCCGCACUUCCUCCACCUCUUCUUCCACCUCGUCCAUCCUGAGCAACAGCCCACAUCUGGACGCUCUGCUGGGUCCCCCUGUCAGCCGCUACUCUGCCACCCCAGACAAGACCUUCCAUGCCCCAAACUUUCAGCAACCUCCCUCCCCCCAGGUGACCUCUCCACCUGUCACCCCAAGCCAGGUGAAGCAGCCCAAAGCUCAAACAGCUCAACCUGUGCUUCACCCACCAAGCCAGGCUCCCCAGAGCCCUACAUUCACCUUAAAGCCUCAGCAGCCUGUGACCAACUACGCAAACCAGAAUGGAUUCACUGUAGUCCCUCAGCAGGGCUCUCCCCAGCCCGUGCCCAUUGCUGCCAGCUCUCCACAGAGCGUUCAGCCGGUUGCCGUCCAGGCUCAGGUCCAGAGUCUGUCCACAUCUCCCAUCCUCACCACCUCCUCCAGUCCUCCAGCACAGACUCACGUCCAGCAAGUUCCUGUCUUGUUGCAGUCUCAAUUCAUCAAAGCAGACUCUCUCCUCCUCACCACCCUGAAGCCGGACGUGUCCAUGGUAACUACAGUAGCAUCUCCAUGCAUCACUUCUCUGGUUACAUCCACAGCUCCAAUGCAGAGCACCUCACUGCAGGCUCUGAUGAAUGGCGGGACUAUCCUGACCACAGUUCCAGUCAUGGUGGACACAGAGAAGCUGCCGAUCAAUCGUAUAGCCAUCAGCGGCAAGCCAGGUAUGCAGAUCCAAAAAGGCGAGAAGCGCACAGCACACAACGCCAUCGAGAAGCGCUACCGCUCCUCCAUCAACGACAAGAUCAUCGAGCUCAAAGACCUGGUGGCUGGCACAGAGGCUAAGCUGAAUAAAUCUGCAGUGCUGAGGAAAGCCAUCGACUACAUCCGCUACCUGCAGCAGGCCAACCAGAAACUAAAGCAGGAAAACCUGGCUCUCAAAAUGGCCAACCAAAAGAACAAGUCUCUGAAAGACCUGGUGGCCAUGGAGGUGGACGUGAAGAAUGAACUUCCCACUCCUCCACCCUCCGACGCCGGCUCGCCCGAACCCAGCGGCUCCUUCUCUCACUGCAGCAGCGACUCGGAGCCUGACAGUCCCAUGGGAGAGGACAGCAAGCCUAUGUCCAGUGCUGAGAAGGCUGCUGGAGGGAUGCUGGACCGCUCACGGAUGGCUCUGUGUGCCUUCACCCUCCUCUUCCUCUCUUUCAACCCGCUGGCAUCUCUGAUGUGUGGGAGCCAAAGCAGGACUGGAGAAGCUGUUCCUCCAGGCCACUCAGGAACUGGCAGGACCAUGCUGGCAUUUGAUAACGCAGCUGAUUCGUGGGGCUGGAUGGACUGGAUGCUGCCCACUCUAUUGGUGUGGAUGCUAAAUGGUGUUCUGGUAGCUGGUGUUCUGAUUAAGCUAUUGGUGUACGGAGAGCCUGUCACUAGACCACACUCAGAAUCCUCCGUCCUCUUUUGGAGACACCGUAAACAGGCUGACCUCGACCUGGCCAGAGGAGACUUUGCCCAGGCCUCUCAGAACCUGUGGACAUGUCUGAAAGCUCUUGGUCGUCCUCUGCCCACUUCUCAGUUGGACUUGGCGUGUGCUGUGCUCUGGUCCACCCUGCGUCUGUGGCUGCAGAGGCUGUGGGUGGGCCGCUGGCUGGCCUGCAGGGCUGGAGCUCUGCGUGCAGAUCGCCCCCUGCAGGAGGAUGCGCGCAAGAGCAGCCGUGACGCUGCCCUCGUCUAUCACCGCCUGCACCAGCUGCACAUGACCGGGAAGCUGGGCGGUAGUCACCUGUUCGCAGUGCACAUGGCUCUGAGUGCGGUGAAUCUAGCCGAGUGUGCUGGAGACUGUCUAUCUGUGGCCACACUGGCCGAGAUCUACGUCUCCGCUGCCCUGAGAGUAAAAACCAGCUUGCCCCGCCUGCUACACAUCACCUCUCGUGGCUUUCUGAGUCGUGCUCGACAGGCCUGUCUGUCCCCCAGUGGCAGUGUUCCUCCUGCCAUGCAGUGGCUCUGCCACCCUCUGGGCCAUCGCUUCUUUGUGGAUGGUGAUUGGUCUGUACGCAGCACCCCUAAAGAGAGCAUCUAUAGCCAGGCUGGAAACACUGUGGAUCCUCUAGCUCAGGUGACUCAGGCGUUCAGGGAGCACCUGCUGGAGAAGGCUCUGUACUGUGUCGCUCAGCCAUGCGGAGACAAGAGCCCCAACGAGGGACAAGGUGAGUACUCGGAUGCCCUGGAGUACCUGCAACUGCUGAACAGCGCCUCUGACGCUGCAGGAGCGACCACACAGGCCUUCGCCAUUGGCUCCAACAUGGCCACCAUCACCGGCUGUGACCCUCACUCAAAAUGGUGGUCGUCGGUUGCCGUGGUGAUUAUUAACUGGCUGCAAGGAGAUGACGUAGCGGCAGAGAGGUUGUAUCCAGCGGUGGAACACCUUCCACGCAGUCUUCAGUCAGACGAAAGUUCACUACCCAAAGCCUGUUUGAACAUGUUUAAAGCAGUGCGCGCCCUGCUGGCCAAACCAGAGAACAGACAGCUGAGCCUGAGCUACUGUGAGAAAGCCAGCAGCCUGUUCAGAGACAGCCUCAAUCUGGGGCCACACUGCAACAGCAGCACUUUAGACAAGUUGGUGCAGUUGUUACUGUGUGAUCUGCUGCUGGUGACGCGCACCAGUCUAUGGCGAGAGCAGCAGAUUUGUUCUCCAGCGUCCCCUCAGCAAAGCUCGACUUCGGCCGCUUCUCCUGCCGAGCUGCAGGGCUUCCAGCAGGACCUGAGCUCUCUGCGCAAACUUGCCCACAGCUUCCGACCCGCCAUGCGUAGGUUGUUUCUGCAUGAAGCCACUGCCAGGCUGAUGGCAGGAGCAAGUCCAACACGCACACACCAGCUCCUGGACCGCAGUCUGCGCCGGCGUGUCACACCUGGAGGCAAAAUCGAGGAGUGUGAGACACGGCCAGGCCAGCGUGAGCAGGCAGAGGCGGCCAUGUUGGCGUGUUGGUAUCUGCCUCCGUCGUUCCUGUCGGCCCCGGGCCAGAGGGUGGGGAUGUUGGCCGACGCUGCACGCACUCUUGAGAAGCUGGGGGACAAACGCACGCUCCACGACUGCCAGCAGAUGAUCAUCAAACUGGGCAGCGGGACUACGGUCGCCUCCACUUAGAGACAAAUCAAAAGACUUUCAAACUCAAUAUCAGUUUCAAAUUUUCUGUGCCACAUUUUUCUGGCUACAGGCAUUGGCCUUUAUCAAUUAACCAGCUCGUUUUAGUACGUCAGAUUCCCCCCCUUCCUUACUUUUUAACAUCUCCAUUUUUUUUCUUUACAGCUAUUAUUUAAAUAAUUUAAUAAUUUAAUUUGUUUGUCCUGACAAAAUGCGGAUGUUAUUAUGGUUAAUGUUUUACAUCUUACUUGAAGGUGCGGUCAGUAAUUUUAAAUGCAGAAAUAGUUUUGUGAGAUUUGGCAAAAGUUCUCAUCAGGUUUUAAGCAGCAGACCAUUAACCAUCGGCUCAGAGGAGAAACUCUGUUCUCUGUGUUGCCGCGGGAGAAAAAAUAAAACCGUAUGGACACCAAUAUUGGUCACCAUUCAGUCAAUCAGAACCAUACAUGUGUUUCUGCUUCCCUGUUGAUCCUGAAUUCACACUAGAAUUCAGGCUUUCUAGCCUGUGCAUGUUUUGGGUGUGUGGGGUUUUAGAUUCAAAACUACCUUAAGCGGAUUUCUCUUAAAAUUACUUAGUACGCCUUUAUGGUAAUGUUUCACAUAUAGAUGCAGUAUGGGCCGUUGUAGUGUUCCUGUAACGAGGUGCUUUGUAAGCACCAGCUUUGUACACUAGAUGGCAUUUCAUUGAGCAGCAUUGGACGCUUAGGAGUGGCGUUACAGGGUGAUUGGACAUGAAUCAUUGCAGUUCCUCUCAAUGUGUAAUAUUGGCUUUCCACACACAGAACAAUCCUUGUCUCCAGCUGUAAUGAUCUGGUAGUGCAUGUACAUGUGUGUGUGUGUUUCUGUCUAAAGCAGUAUCUCAGACACUUGUUUUUUUUGUCUGCUGAGUCUACUGGUUUGGUACAGCAUGGCCAGGAAAUCAAGGCUUAAUCUGUGUGCAAGGGAACUAGGCGUUAGGGGGCAUGAUGAGUGUGAUAAGAUUUCCUUUUCAUUACAUCUGUACAGACCUUUCUAAUCUGCACUACCGUUACUGGGACUGACUUCUACAUGAUUGAAGAGCGUAUACAGCUUUACAAGAUUCUUUUCUUGUAGUGUUUUCUUUGUAUAUAUUUUUAAAGAUGUGUAUUUAUAAUUUUGUCUAAAGAUGUGGGUGAACAGUAUUUUCUAGGAACAGAGAAAAUGGGAGUACUUGGAUGUUUCAUCGGAACAGAGUGCUAGAGCAGAAAACAUCACUUUAUAAAGAAACAGAAUAGUGGGGUUAAUAAAGCUGACUGCCAGACUAGUCCCAUAUAUGUGGGGGGAAAAAACUUCUACAGGGUGCUCAUUCUUGAAGAGUCUUGUCCGAUUGCACUACUGAGCGAGGUGGCGGUUACUAUGUGAAGAGCGCAGCUUCUGAACAUACUUGGUGGUAAAAUGUAUGGAUGGAUUGACACCAUUGAACGGUUACAAAAAUAUCUGAGCCAGUCUGUUUUGACAAAGUCGACCUUUUUGAAAACCCGGGUUUUUAGACGCGAAAGUUAUUUGAGAGAGCCCCGUCUGCAUUCCACUUUCAGUCACUGUAAUGUUUCAAAUGCUCUUUGUUAAAUUUACAGGCAAGUUUCAGAGGUUGUAUCGCAAAAGACUCAUGACCUGUAUGCUAAUCAGUGUGUAGUGCUCAUAGUCCAAAUCUGAACAGUCUGUCCAAUUGUCAGCUCUUUGAUUUAUUCUUGAGAAUGUAAAUAAAAGUUCUUUUGUAACAUA